CGUGAGCGCGCCGGAGCUCGAGACACUUUCCCUGUGAGCGUCAGACCUGAACCUGGCUCACCUGACGCCUGAACGCAGCACAGGUGAGACGGACCACCAACGGCAGGAGGGAAUUCAACUACAACACACGCAGGUAGACCUGCUCAGGAAUCAUGGCCGCCGUCCUCCUCCUCCUCCUGCUGCCCCUGGUCUCCGCUCAGACGUACCGCUGGGGCCCCUGUCCCACUCCCAAGGUGCAGCCCAGCUUCAACCUCCAGCAGUACCUGGGCCGAUGGUACGAGAUCGAGAAGCUCCCAGCGUCCUUCGAGAGAGGGAAGUGCAUCGAGGCAAACUACGCUGUGAGGAGAGACGGGACCAUCCGGGUGCUGAACUCCCAGUUCUAUAAAGACAAGGUGCGAACGGCCGAAGGGACCGCAGUCGUUAUUGACCCCCGGGAAGCAGCUCACCUCGGAGUCGGCUUUUCAUACUUCACCCCCUACAGCCCGUACUGGGUUCUGACCACCGACUACACCAGCGUCAGCGUGGUCUACUCCUGCACGGACGUCCUCCGCCUGUUCCACAUCGAGUUCGCCUGGAUUCUGGGGCGCUCGCGCUUCCUGCCUCCCGACACGGUGCGAUUCGCCAAAGAGGUGCUGAUCAACGAAGGAAUCGACCUUUACAAGAUGAAGCCGACAGAUCAGACGGGCUGUUAGGACAUGUAGAGCCUCAGCAGGUCGUCCAGUCGUCUGGCUCUCAUAACCACUUUAUCCUGUUCCUGCCUUUUAACUGCUGCAGUACAAUAGAAAUUUAUUAUAUUUAACAAUUUAAUUGAGAUUAUCAACAUUUUAUUAUUUUGAACAAAGUCUGCACUAUUACAUAUAAACACAACGGAAGAAAAUACUGAAUUUUGUGGUAUUAAAGGUGCUGUAGGCAGGAUUUUGCUAGUCAAUGCUAAUUUUUCGGUGUUUUCUUUGGAUUAAAUGUUAGAGUAUCCAUUGAUAAUUCUUUAGAAGUGUAGUACUACCGUGAGGGCGCAGCGU